CACACCAGUUGAUCAUUUUGGUUCCCGUUUAAAGUAACAAUUUUACUUCGAUUACGACGAGUUUGCACAGCGUAGGCAGUGAAACGUGCGUUACUCAAACAAAAAACAAAAUAAACCGAGGAUAAAAUACUGAUACUCGAAAGUUUUGCAGUACCAAGUAGUGACGGUUCUGAAAAUAUCGGUUAAGCGUCGUGUUGUUAGAUUCUGACACAAAUUUUCCUCACUUUUGUCGCAAAGUGGUUUAUCUCAAAAUUGUUAUUGUAAAAUGGGUGGCUUUCAACAACGACCUUGGACUCCUACAAAAAGGAGAGGACCAAUAGCAGCGGAAUUUACUGGUCCCGGCCCUGCUUGCGUUGCAUUAACGCCUUUGAUGGGUAAUGUGUCAAAUGAUUCUAAAAUAGGAAGAGCACCUUCUUUUUCUUUUGGUUUGAAACACGACGCUAGAAAUGGAAGUGUUGGACCAGGACCUGGGCAAUACAACGUGACUGGCCUAAGUGCAAAAGGCAAAGAUACUCCGCCAGCGAUCUCUCUAUAUUCUCGCAAUAAAGAAGGUAAACACGAAAUUACCCCGGCUCCUGGCGACUACAGCCCAGAAAAAUCAGUAAAUGUGAUAUUGGAUAAUUCUCCCAAGUAUACGUUUGGAUUGAAAACACAAGUUCAUAAACCUAGUCUGACACCUGCUCCGGGAGAGUAUGCCCCCGAAAAAUCAGCCGCGACUCUUUUAGAUAAUUCGCCAAAAUAUACUUUUGGAAUGAAAUCGCAAAUUGAAAAACCUAGCACUACUCCAGCUCCUGGAGAGUACUCCCCUGAAAAAUCAGCUGCCGUAUUACUCGAUAAUGCACCUAAAUAUACAUUUGGAAUGAAAUCACAAAUUGAAAAACCUAGUACCACUCCAGCGCCUGGAGAAUAUUCGCCAGAAAAAUCUGCUGCUCUUUUAUUGGAUCACUCACCCAAGUACACUUUCGGAAUGAAAUCUCAAAUUGAAAAGCCAAGUUCUACACCAGCUCCGGGAGAAUAUUGUCCAGAAAAAUCUGCUGCUGCUUUAUUGGAUAACUCCCCCAAGUAUACUUUCGGAAUGAAAUCACAAAUUGAAAAACCUAGCACUACCCCAGCUCCUGGAGAAUAUUCGCCAGAAAAGUCAGCAGCUACUUUGUUGGACAGUUCGCCCAAAUAUACGUUUGGAAUGAAAUCACAAAUUGAAAAACCGAGCUUAACGCCAGCUCCUGGAGAAUACUCGCCAGAGAAAUCAGCAGCAGUUUUAUUAGAUAACUCUCCUAAAUAUACGUUUGGAAUGAAAUCACAGAUAGAAAAACCAAGCACCACUCCAGCACCUGGAGACUAUUCGCCAGAAAAAUCUACUGCAGUGUUACUAGAUAAUUCUCCUAAAUAUACUUUUGGCAUGAAGUCACAAAUUGCGAAACCAAGCAUUACUCCAGCUCCUGGAGAAUACUGCCCGGAAAAAUCAGCCGCAGCUUUGUUGGAUAAUUCACCUAAAUAUUCUUUCGGCUUGAAAUCACAAAUUGAAAAACCGAAUGGUGUUCCAGCUCCUGGAGACUAUUCGCCUGAAAAAUCAGCCGCUGUGUUGUUGGACAAUGCUCCCAAGUAUUCUUUCGGAAUAAAAUCGCAGAUCGAAAAACCCAGCAUGACGCCAGCUCCUGGGGAAUACUGUCCCGAAAGAUCAGCUGCCGUUUUAUUGGAUAAUUCGCCUAAAUAUUCUUUUGGUUUGAAAUCUCAAAUAGAAAAACCAAGUACUACGCCAGCUCCGGGAGAAUAUUCGCCUGAAAGGUCAUCUGCUGUUCUGUUGGAUAACUCACCAAAAUACACUUUUGGAAUGAAAUCACAAAUCGAAAAACCGAGUACUACACCAGCCCCCGGAGAAUAUUGCCCCGAAAAAUCAGCUGCAGCGCUACUCGACAAUGCGCCCAAGUAUUCCUUCGGUAUAAAAUCUCAAAUUGAAAAACCAAGCACGACGCCAGCUCCGGGUCAUUAUAAAUUGGAAAGGUCCGGAACUAUUAUUCUUGGACAUUCUCCAAAAUAUACGUUCGGUCUGAAAACAUCUAUUGAGAGACCAAGUGAUACUCCAGCUCCUAAUGUGUACAACAUACCGCCUGCUCUGGGUGGCUGUGCGGAAGGUAAUAUUAGAACAGCGCCUGCCUUCAGCAUUUCUGGAAGACAGAAAGAAUUCCGAGAUGAAAGAGCUCUUAUUCCGGGACCGGGUACAUAUGAAAAUCCCAAUGCUGACGUCAUUAAACCGAAAUCUCCCGCUUAUUCUGUUAGUUCUCGAUAUCAAAUGCCGUCUGAUAGUAAUUUGAAACCAGGACCUGGAGCAUACUCUCCUGAAAAGAUACAAAUCGAUUAUCCUCCAGCACAUUCCUUCGGCAUCAAACACUCUGAAUAUACGUUCAAUCUUGUUUAUUGACCAUAUUCAGAUUCAAGAAAUUUAGCUAGGUAUUUCAAGAUGGUACUACGAUUUCUUUUCUGAAAAUUUGAAUAUUUUAAGUAUUUAUUUUUUUCGUAUUAAAAAUGAGGUUUUAAAAAACAGUAAUUGAGUACCUAAUAAUUAAAUUGAAUACGUGGUACGUAUAAAAAAUGAUUUUAAAAAAUAUAAACGUGUACCGAUUAAAUUUAAACACAGCUCGCGAUCUCGUUAGCAUUUACAGAUAUUACUCAUGCGUACAAUGAACCGUUGUAAUCCUACUUUCGGCUCAAGAUUGAGUAUAAAAUAUAUUUCAAUUCAACUAUACUUAGGUACUCUCAUUUCGAUCAGAAAUGCUUGGUUUUAUAUUUUUAUACGUGAUAAGUAAUCAUAAGUCGAUUCAACUGAUCAAAAUCAUUUUUUUCCAUGACAUAAAUUUAAAUUUUGAAAGUCUUUUAGCACUCAUGAAAUUAUCUGAAUCAAUUCACGUGACAUUUUCAUAUAAAUAAAUAAAAAACUAAAUGUAAAAGUAGAAAACUACACACAAAUGGUAGACGUAUAAUUUUUCGAGCCAAUUUUAAAGACAUUUUCAAAAUCAUAGUCAGCGAAGACGACAGUACGAAGAUUAUCAUCUCGUCUCGAUGUUAUUUCCGAACUACAUUAUGCAAUAUACGUACACUAUUUCAACAAAAAUAAAUAUUUUACUUCGUUGUUA